AUGAACAUCGGGGACGCAGUGGCCAGGCGGACCGUCCAGACUGUGCGUGAGGACAAUAUGCAGGCUGUCAGGUUACACUCCUCCAUGCGUAAAAGGCUCUACAGUUUGCCACCGCACAUUGGACAGAAAGCAUCUAUAAUGGGCGAGGGAGACGACGCGGACAAGGACACCCGGAGGAAGAGCAUCAGGAUGAAACCUCUGCCGUCGCCGACCUCUGGGGGAAGCUGCAAAGGCAUCGUGGAGACCAAAAGUGGGGAGUCCGUGAUCAUGGAGACGGACAUAGGGAGACCGAUGAAGACCAGCUCAAACGGAGACUGCCGGAGGUUCCGAGGCAGCCUCUCGUCCGUCACAAGUCGGCAUGUGCACGACUCGGACUCGGCGGAGGAGAGGCGCCUCAUCACCGACGGGGAUGUCACCCCGAGCGAGGAGAGCCCCCCCGGAGCCAUCGGCGAUGGGCCGUCGGAUCAGGGCGCGCAGGGAGCCAGCGGUGGCGGCGGUGCCCAGGACGAUUCCCCUGGCCAGCAGUCAGGUUUUAUAAAGUUGGACGGCAUCGAUCAAAUUCUGCCGGACGACGAGCGAUUAUAUCAAGCCGGGUUCAUGCACAGACAGUUCGGGGCAAUGCUUCAGCCGGGGGUCAACAAGUUCUCCCUGAGGAUGUUUGGGAGUGAGAAGGCGGUGGAACGGGAACAAGAGCGGGUUAAAUCCGCCGGAUUUUGGAUAAUUCACCCUUACAGCGAUUUCAGGUUUUACUGGGACUUGACCAUGCUGUUGCUGAUGGUGGGCAACCUCAUCAUCAUCCCCGUGGGCAUAACGUUCUUCAAGGAUGAGCACACGCCCCCCUGGAUCGUGUUCAACGUGGUCUCUGACACUUUCUUCCUCAUGGACCUGGUCCUCAACUUCAGGACUGGUAUUGUCAAGGAGGACAACACUGAGAUCAUCCUGGAUCCGCAGCAGAUCAAGAUUAAGUACUUGCGCAGCUGGUUUGUGGUGGACUUCAUCUCCUCCAUUCCCGUGGACUACAUCUUCCUCAUUGUGGAGACGCGCAUCGACUCCGAUUUCUACAAGACGGCGCGAGCCUUGCGGAUUGUCCGCUUCACCAAGAUCCUCAGCCUGCUACGACUCCUGCGCCUCUCGAGACUCAUUCGCUACAUUCACCAGUGGGAAGAGAUCUUCCACAUGACCUAUGACCUGGCCAGCGCCAUGGUGAGGAUAGUCAACCUUAUCGGUAUGAUGCUGCUGCUGUGUCACUGGGACGGCUGCCUGCAGUUUCUGGUGCCCAUGCUGCAGGACUUCCCCCCCGACUGCUGGGUGUCCAAAAAUAAGAUGGUGAAUGACACGUGGGGACAGCAGUACUCCUACGCACUUUUCAAGGCUAUGAGCCACAUGCUGUGUAUCGGAUAUGGCAUGUACCCCCCGGUGGGCAUGACAGACGUGUGGCUGACCAUCCUCAGCAUGAUUGUGGGCGCUACCUGCUACGCCAUGUUCGUGGGCCACGCGACCGCGCUAAUCCAAUCACUCGACUCAUCUCGACGGCAGUACCAGGAGAAGUACAAACAGGUGGAGCAGUACAUGUCCUUCCACAAACUGCCGGCAGAUAUGAGGCAGAGAAUCCACGACUACUACGAGCAUCGCUACCAGGGCAAGAUGUUCGACGAGGAGAGCAUCCUGGGAGAGCUGAACGAGCCUCUCCGAGAGGAAAUUAUCAACUUCAACUGUCGAAAGCUGGUGGCAUCCAUGCCUCUGUUUGCCAACGCCGACCCCAACUUUGUCACCUCCAUGCUCACCAAGCUGAAAUUCGAGGUGUUCCAGCCUGGGGAUUACAUCAUCAGAGAGGGCACCAUCGGCAAGAAAAUGUAUUUCAUCCAACACGGAGUUGUCAGUGUACUAACCAAAGGCAAUAAAGAGACCAAGUUGUCGGACGGCUCCUACUUUGGAGAGAUUUGUUUGCUGACGCGGGGUAGAAGGACAGCCAGUGUCCGAGCAGACACAUACUGUCGCCUGUACUCGCUGUCUGUCGACAACUUCAAUGAGGUGCUGGAGGAGUAUCCUAUGAUGAGGAGGGCCUUUGAAACUGUUGCACUGGACAGACUGGACCGUAUUGGCAAGAAAAACUCCAUCCUGCAACAUAAGGUACAACACGAUCUCAGCUCUGGUGUACUCAACUACCAGGAGAAUGAGAUCAUCCAGCAGAUUGUGCAGCAUGACAGAGACAUGGCCCACUGCGCACACCUUCUGCAGAACGCUCCACUCCAGACGCCUCCCUCGCCUACCCCUGUCAUCUGGGCCCCCCUCAUCCAGGCUCCUCUCCAAGCAGCAGCCACCACCACCUCAGUAGCCAUUGCGCUUACGCACCAUCCCCACCUCCCAUCAUCACUCUUCAGGCCUCCAGUUUCUGUACUGGGGUCGCUAAAGGACCCUCCCAGUCGGCUUAAGAAGUUCCAAACAUUUGUUCCUUCAUCCACAGCCACUGGCUCUGCUCGGGACUCUCCCUCUAGCACACCCUCUAAACUACUCACUGGGGUGGACAUGCCAUUGCUGACCUCCUUUCGGGCCCAGCACGUAAAGUCAGUUUCAGGUGCAACUGGCUCUAGCCAACAGGUUUCAGGUAGCAGAGGCCAGCAAGGACCUAGUAGGAGUGGGUCUGGUUCCAGUGGAGGAGGGGUGUCUGCCCCCCCUUUUGGACCAUACUCAUCCUCUGGUUCACCCUCAUCUAGUAUGGCCCAGCUGCACCCACAACCACAGCGUCAACAGCCCUUUCGCUCCAGCACCCCGCCUCUCUCCAACCUCUUCAAUCAAGGAUCUACAGGUGGAAGCAUGGGGUCAGGAAUAACUGGAGGAGCUGUCGGAGCCUGUGGUGGUGCCACAGGGUGGUCAUCAGGUGGAGCAGAAGGAGGUUCAGUGGAGGAGGCCACUGGAGGAGACAUUACUUGGGCUGGAGAGGACUUUACAACCGGAACAACAGAAGCGACUCCUGAGAGACAUUUUGGUUUGGGAGGAGCUAUUGGUGGAUCAGUAGGAGGGAUCCCAGGGGAAUCAAUGGGAGGGAUAUCUGAAGAAUCAGUGGGUGCAACUUGCGGCAGGUUAGUAGGAGGGGCAUCAGGUGAGUCAGUGGGUGGUGUUACUUGUCGGCCAAUAGGAGAUGCAGCCAGGAGAUCAGUGGGAGGGAUUUCCAGAGGAUCAAUUGGAAGGGCUUCGGGGGGAUCAUUGGCAGGGGCCAUUGGAGAAUCACUUGUAUUGAAGACCACUGGAGGACCGUUCGUUAGAACCUCGGGUGGAUCAAUGGGAGUGGCGGGGAAUCCUAGUGGAUCGUUGGGAAGGGCUUCUGGUGGAUCAAAAACUACAACAACUAGCCAUAUAGGAGGAAGUUCAAGUGGGCCAGGGGUAGGAGGGACAGGAGGACUUACUAGCAGAGCAGCAGGAGGGGCAGUGGGCAGCCAUAUAGGAGGGUCUACAGCUUGUCCUGUGGGACCAGGUUCUGGUGGAAUUACAGCUGGACUGAUUAGUUCCCCCCGUUGUCAGAGUCCUAUAUCUACUGGCUCAUCCAGUCCUAUGCCUGGCCAGCUUCUCCAUAGCCAGCCACCCCCUAAGCCUCCUCAGGUGGCUCCUCUGCAGCAGUUUGCUGGGGGAGGCAGGACUACCAGCGGCUUAAACCUCUUUCAUUCCCCCCCACAAGGAUCUCCAUCCUCCAGCAGAGGACAGCACAGUCAGCAGCCUGCUGAGGGCUCCCCAUCUUCCCUCAGCCAUUUUACCCUAUCAGGCCUCCAGUCUGGCUUCCUUCCUCACCAGAUAUCCCUUGAGAGGUCUGCUCUGGCCUCAUUGGCCCAGUAUGGUUCAGCAAAUGCCUCCCCCUGCCUUACCCCGGUGGCACCAAGUCCUACUAGUCAAAGCCCACUGGCAGGCAGGACUUUCCAUUACAGCGACCCCUCCAGUACCACAGGAUCCCACAGUUCUCUACUGAUGCCUCAGUCUUCUCUCCCUUCACAGCUUCCCAAUCAGCCACACACAACAGGGAGAGAUUCUCCACUGGGUCGCUUUUCUGAGGACCUAAAGCUUUUAUCUAGCUCUCAUCCAUCUCUGCCCCAGGAGAUGGCCCAGGCCUUUGGCCACCAAACUCCUCACUCCCCUCUGGAAACUGGAUAUUACCCCUCACCCUUUUCCUCACCCACUCUAGUGCCCAAACCCUGUAGCUCAGUACCAGGGCGCAUGACUCCUCCAAUCAAGACGACUCCAGGCCACCCUCACCAGACUCCCAGACCACCAGACCAGUCCCAAGAGGCCUCUUCGGAUUUGCUUCUACGGAGGGCCUCUGCUGCCUACUCAUCAGAUCUAGAACCUCAAACUGUACGCUCUAAACUCCCUUCCAAUUUGUGAGAAUUGAUCACACCCUCCAGUGCUCCUCCAAACUGAAACACACAAACAAUUUCAAUAUGUGGCUCUCUUUUCUUUGUGUCUUUAGACUUCACUGUGUUGCACCUCUCAUUUUAUCAAGAUCUUGAAUUUACAGUGAUUUAAAAGACACUUUACUGGGUAACUUGGAGCUCUAGAAUCGUCUAUAUUUGUUGUAUCCUUUGUCCUCUUUUUUAAUUCAUACACACUGUAUAUAUACAGAGAUAUAUUUAAAUGAUAAGUUAAUCAAGAGACUGGAUGGGUGUGAAAGAUCAUCUCCAUUUAGUAGGAAAGUAAUUUUCUUUAUUUCUACAACUAUGCCAAAUUCAUCUGGUGAUUUUUGGAAAGAUAAUUUCAAUGGACGACAUUACAGUACUCUUUUUCUGCAGGAACCUAUGCACUAAUACCUGCAUGUAUAAAAGCUUUUUGUGUGUUUCAAAAAAAUUCUAUACAUUUUUAGCUAAAUCAACAUGCUCUUGUACCAUCUCAUUUAGGAUCACAUAUUGUUGAUCCUUAAAUGUAUCUAUUAGAUUGUACUUAUUUAUCCUCUGUGUAAAAUUUUCAAACUCUUGGGAGAUGGAGAAGAGAUGUUAGGAAACCAAAAAGACUUUUCCUGUGGGGUAAUAAUUCACCUCUUCUUGGCCCAUCGAUCCUUAUUUUAUACCACUUUAUCAUAAUGAUACUGUUUUUUGAAGCAGGGCGAGAGGGGUUAAGUGAUAUACCCUUCAUCUUAAUAUUGAGACAUAACAGCUUGUGAGCAACUGGCUUUCUGCAGAAAUCCUCGACUAGCAAGCUCACUUUGUCUUCCAAGCUCAUACCACUAAUGCGUGUGGAAAGCAUUUGUGUUUUACUUCCUGACUGUGCAACUGUUAAUGUGUGAGUGUUGGUGAGAAAAAGUGGGAGAAUCAGUGGGACAGUCGGAUGCAAGGCAAGACUUUUCCCUGGACUGAUCAAAAAGACGUUUGCCUUUUUCACACAUACAUAGGACUUCCAUACCACAGCUUUUUUGUUGCAUUCUGUAGCACUCAGACAGUUCAAAACCUAGUGAAAUAUAUUAAAGCCCCAAAACUAACCUUUGAGCAAAUACAGUACACAAAUAACAAAAAAAUUCUAGAAACAGAAAUCUGCCACUUAAUAUUGACACAAACCACCACCGGAUAAACUGUUGUGAAGCACUUCUGAUAUAUGAAUCAAUAGGUUGCCUACAACAACUACAACUAUUCUGCUGCUGUAAUCCUAAAGUAAACCCUGCAUUAUUCAAAAACAGACUUCUGUUUAGAUUUCAUUGCUGCAGUUAUUUCUGCAUUCAUAUAGUGUACACAACAUCCAUCCAUCCAUCCAUCCAUCCAUCGUCUACCGCUUUAUCCAUUUAAGGGUCAUGGGGGGGCUGGAGCCAAUCCCAGCUAACAUUGGGCGAGAGGCGGG